UUAGCAAGGGGACCCGCUGAACUUCGCAUCUGGUACUACAAAUCCCACAAGGCGCCGCCCGGGAUAGGGAAGGCGGAGAAUAGAGACGGGAGGAAGGUAGGAAAUAAAGCGGUGAGUUCUCGCGAGUGCUCGCUGUCUCUCCGGCUCCCUUCCUCCUCCCGCGCCGCUCCCUGAGGUGGUUGUUAGUUGGGGAGUCCAAGAUGGCGGCAGCUCCGGCUCCCGGGACUGUGGCGCAAACGGCACCGAGCGAAGGCUCGGAGUCUUGGUAUCUGGCCCUGCUGGGUUUAGCCGAGCACUUUCGCACGUCCAGUCCGCCGAAGAUCCGGCUUUGCGUCCACUGCCUGCAGGCCGUGUUUCCCUUCAAGCCGCCUCAGCGGAUCGAGGCCCGGACCCACCUGCAGCUCGGCUCGGUGCUCUACCACCACACGAAGAACAGCGAGCAGGCCCGGAGCCACCUGGAGAAGGCGUGGUUGAUCUCACAGCAAAUUCCACAGUUUGAAGAUGUUAAAUUUGAAGCGGCAAGUCUUCUGUCAGAACUGUAUUGCCAGGAGAAUUCAGUGGAUGCAGCAAAACCACUCUUGCGGAAAGCAAUUCAGAUUUCACAGCAGACGCCCUACUGGCACUGUAGACUACUUUUUCAGCUUGCACAACUUCACACACUUGAAAAAGAUUUGGUGUCUGCAUGUGACCUUCUGGGAGUUGGGGCAGAAUAUGCCAGGGUAGUAGGAUCAGAAUACACCAGGGCACUGUUCCUGCUAAGUAAAGGAAUGCUUCUCCUGAUGGAACGAAAAUUGCAAGAAGUGCAUCCCCUUCUGACCCUCUGCGGUCAGAUAGUAGAAAAUUGGCAAGGAAACCCCAUCCAGAAGGAGUCCCUUCGUGUUUUCUUCUUAGUCCUCCAAGUGACACACUACCUGGACGCCGGGCAGGUGAAGAGUGUGAAGCCGUGUUUAAAGCAGCUCCAGCAGUGCAUUCAGACUAUUUCCACUCUACAUGAUGAUGAGAUUCUACCCAGCAACUCUGCUGAUCUCUUCCACUGGCUGCCCAAGGAGCAUAUGUGUGUCCUGGUCUACCUGGUCACAGUAAUGCAUUCUAUGCAAGCAGGCUAUUUGGAGAAGGCCCAGAAGUACACAGAUAAAGCACUCAUGCAACUCGAAAAGCUAAAAAUGUUAGACUGCAGUCCUAUUUUAUCAUCGUUCCAAGUCAUUUUGUUGGAGCAUAUCAUCAUGUGUCGGCUUGUCACGGGACACAAAGCUACAGCACUCCAGGAGAUCUCACAAGUCUGUCAGCUCUGCCAGCAGUCGCCCAGGCUGUUUUCAAAUCAUGCUGCCCAGUUGCACACCUUAUUGGGUCUCUACUGCAUAUCUGUUAAUUGCAUGGACAAUGCGGAGGCACAGUUCACUACCGCGCUGCGGCUCACCACUCAUCAGGAAUUGUGGGCGUUUAUCGUGACCAACCUGGCCAGUGUAUACAUCAGAGAAGGCAACAGGCAUCAAGAGCUGUACAGCUUAUUGGAAAGGAUAAAUCCAGACCACAACUUUCCUGUAAGCUCUCACUGUCUCAGGGCAGCUGCUUUCUACAUCCGAGGGCUCUUCUCUUUCUUCCAGGGAAGAUACAAUGAAGCAAAGCGUUUUUUGCGUGAGACACUGAAGAUGUCAAAUGCAGAAGAUUUGAACAGAUUAACCGCCUGCUCUCUCGUCCUCCUGGGUCACAUAUUCUACGUUCUAGGAAACCACAGGGAGAGUAACAACAUGGUGGUGCCAGCCAUGCAGCUCGCCAGCAAGAUCCCGGACAUGUCCGUGCAGUUGUGGUCUUCAGCGCUGCUGAGAGACCUGAACAAAGCCUGUGGGAACGCCAUCGAUGCUCACGAAGCUGCCCAGAUGCAUCAGAACUUCUCCCAGCAGCUUCUCCAAGAUCACAUCGAAGCAUGUAGCCUUCCAGAGCACAACCUCAUUACGUGGACGGAUGGUCCACCUCCUGUGCAGUUUCAGGCCCAGAAUGGCCCUACCACCAGCCUAGCCAGUCUCCUGUGAAGAGGAAUGUCAGCGAAAGAAUGGGGAAAGGAGAACUGUGUGUGGUGGGCUUUGAUGAGGACGGCACAUUUGCUAGAUCGAUAAACUACCAGGAUAUUUUAAACUGUUUUUUUAUAUGAGGACUUUCUCUGCGCCUGUCUCUCUGCCUGCCUCACUCUCUCUUUCUCUCUCCACGCCCCCCCCCCCUGUGUUUAUGUUCUCUAAUUAUAAACAUAUAUAAUCUUAGCAAGCAGCUUUUAUAUCCUCAGGCUGUCGUUCUCCCUCAGUGCCCUAUUUGUGGGGAGAAGUGGAGGAGGUUAGUGAGAAAGCAGUUGAUUUAAACCUGCUCCACUACCUAGCUAGAAGUGGAGGGUGCCAAAGAGGAGCAGGUUUCUUCUGUGUGUGUGUGUUGUUGUUUUUCUGGUACCAUUGCAUGUCUCCUGGAGAAUGGAUGGAUUUAUUCCCAGGUUUGAAGACCUGAGGACUCUGCUCUAGGUCUGAAUCGUUCCACUUGCAUCUUAGCAAAUCUGUGCCUGGGCCCCAGGCCCUGCGGACGUUUGGGCCUUGGCCAGUGCCGUCACGAAGGAUUCAAGGGACAGUAGUGGCGAGCGUCGGUCAGUCCCGGGAAUGAGAGGACAGAUGGCUGCGCUCUCAGGCUCUCGGUAAGCCCAAGGUCCAGGAGUUGCUGUGGGGGACAAAGGUGGGGAAGCCCCCAGCUUCCCGGCUCCCCCGAUGGUCCCACGAGAACCAGAGCUCUGCCCUUCUAGUGGGCUAAGG